GGAGGGGGGAGGAGGGACGGGUGCGGCCCCGUGGUGCCCGUUGGACGCCCGCGCAUCACGUGGUGAGGAAGGAGGCGGAGGUCGAGGGCUCGGGGGGAGGGGGCAGCGGAGGGAAGCAGAGGAGGGAAAAAGGGAGGGAGGGAAGGAAAACGGAGAAGGAAGGAAACAAGGAAGUGGGGGGGGAGGGAGGUCCCUGUUUUGGAGGUACUGGAAGCGCAGCCGGCCGCUGAAGUAGAGCAAGAAGGAGGUGCUUGGCGGCACCAGCGGCCGGGGGAGGGUCCUGGGUUCCCGCGGAGGCUCCGGACCAAGCCCCUUCAGUUUCUCCCACCGGAUCAAUGUGCUGUUGUUAACCCGUGAAGAGGCGGCGGCGGGGCCUGGGCUAGCGGCGACGGCGGAGGCAGCGGCGGCGGAAGAUGGUGUUGCUGAGAGUGUUAAUUCUGCUUCUCUCCUGGGCGGCGGGGCUCGGAGGUCAGUAUGGAAACCCAUUAAAUAAGCACAUUAGACAUUAUGAAGGAUUAUCUUAUGAUGUGGAUUCAUUACACCAAAAACACCAGCGUGCCAAAAGAGCAGUCUCACAUGAAGAUCAGUUUUUACGCCUGGAUUUCCAUGCUCAUGGAAGACAUUUCAACCUACGAAUGAAGAGAGAUACAUCCCUCUUCACUGAUGACUUUAAAGUAGUAAUAUCAGAUCAAGUACUUGAUUAUGAUACCUCUCAUAUUUACACUGGACACAUUUAUGGUGAAGAAGGAACCUUGAGUCAUGGGUCAGUUAUUGAUGGAAGAUUUGAAGGAUUCAUCCAGACUCGUGGUGGCACAUUUUAUGUUGAACCUGCAGAGAGAUAUAUUAAAGACCGAACUCUUCCAUUUCACUCUGUCAUUUAUCAUGAAGAUGAUAUCAAAUAUCCCCAUAAAUAUGGCCCACAGGGUGGCUGUGCAGAUCAUUCAGUAUUCGAAAGAAUGAGGAAAUAUCAGAUGACUGGUGUAGAGGAAAGCACACAGAAACCUCUUGAAGAACAUGUUACAAGUGGUCCAGAGCUUCUGAGGAGAAAACGUGCUGCUUCAGCUGAAAAAAAUACUUGUCAGCUUUAUAUUCAGACAGAUCACCUAUUCUUUAAACACUAUGGAACACGGGAAGCUGUGAUUGCCCAGAUAUCCAGUCAUGUGAAAGCUAUUGAUACAAUAUACCAAUCAACAGACUUCUCUGGAAUUCGUAAUAUUAGUUUCAUGGUCAAACGAAUAAGGAUAAACACAACUGCUGAUGAGAAAGACUCGACAAAUCCUUUCCGCUUCCCUAAUAUUGGUGUGGAGAAAUUUCUGGAAUUGAAUUCUGAGCAGAAUCAUGAUGACUACUGUUUGGCCUAUGUCUUCACAGAUCGAGACUUUGAUGAUGGUGUUUUAGGUCUGGCUUGGGUUGGAGCACCUUCAGGAAGCUCUGGAGGAAUCUGUGAAAAAAGUAAGCUGUAUUCAGAUGGUAAAAAGAAAUCUUUAAAUACUGGUAUUAUCACUGUUCAGAACUAUGGAUCUCAUGUCCCACCAAAAGUUUCUCAUAUUACUUUUGCUCAUGAGGUUGGACACAACUUUGGUUCUCCUCAUGAUUCUGGAACAGAGUGUACACCAGGAGAAUCAAAAAAUUUAGGACAGAAAGAAAAUGGCAAUUAUAUCAUGUAUGCAAGAGCUACAUCUGGGGACAAAUUUAACAACAAUAAAUUUUCACUAUGUAGUAUUCGAAAUAUAAGCCAAGUUCUUGAAAAGAAGAGAAAUAACUGUUUUGUUGAAUCUGGCCAACCUAUUUGUGGCAAUGGAAUGGUAGAACAAGGAGAACAGUGUGAUUGUGGUUAUAGUGAUCAGUGUAAAGAUGAAUGCUGCUAUGAUGCAAAUCAACCAGAGGAAAAAAAAUGCAAGCUAAAACCAGGAAAACAAUGCAGCCCAAGCCAAGGUCCUUGUUGUACUGCACAAUGUAAUUUUAAGUCAAAAUCUGAGAAGUGUCGGGAUGAUUCUGAUUGUGCAAGAGAAGGCAUAUGUAAUGGUGGCACAGCUCUCUGCCCAGCAUCUGACCCUAAACCAAAUUUCACAGAUUGCAAUAGGCAUACACAAGUUUGCAUUAAUGGGCAAUGUGCUGGAUCUAUCUGUGAAAAACAUGGCUUGGAGGAAUGCACGUGUGCUAGUUCUGAUGGCAAGGAUGAUAAAGAAUUAUGUCAUGUUUGCUGUAUGAAUAAAAUGGAUCCAUCGUCUUGUGCAAGUACAGGAUCUCUGCGAUGGGAUAAGCAGUUUAAUGGCCGAACCAUCACCUUGCAACCUGGAUCCCCUUGUAAUGAUUUUAGAGGCUACUGUGAUGUAUUUAUGCGGUGCAGAUUGGUAGAUGCUGAUGGUCCUCUAGCUAGACUUAAAAAAGCAAUUUUUAGUCCAGAGCUAUAUGAAAAUAUUGCUGAAUGGAUUGUGGCUUACUGGUGGGCAGUUUUACUUAUGGGGAUUGCCCUGAUCAUGUUAAUGGCAGGGUUUAUUAAGAUAUGCAGUGUUCAUACUCCAAGCAGUAAUCCAAAGUUGCCUCCUCCUAAACCACUUCCAGGCACUUUAAAGAGGAGGAGACCCCCACAACCUGUUCAGCCACCACAGCGUCAGAGACCCCGAGAAAGUUAUCAAAUGGGACACAUGAGACGUUAACUGCAGCUUUUGCCUUGGUUCUUCCUAGUGCCUACAAUGGGAAAACUUCACUCCAAAGAAAAACCUAUUAAGUCAUUGUCCCCAGACUAAACUCUCAGCUUAAGAGUAGAAGAAAAAAGGCAAGAUACUAUGUCCUCAGACCAGGUGGAGUUAUUUAAAUUUUAAUGGCUGAAUGUUCCAAUUUUAAAAAAAAGAAGGAAGUAACAUGAUUUUCUUACAGACAGAUAUUUUUAAUCUAAUGGCACAAAGUCUUAGAAUAUGAUUGCGCGCCCCUUAUUCCCUGUUCUUCGUUGCUGCGUUUUCUUCACUUGCAGGCAGACAUGGCUCUAUUAAAACUUUUAUUCACAAAUUGAAAUAUAUAUCUAUUUUUCAACUGCCAAUCAAGGCUAGGAGGCUAGACCACCUCAACAUUGGAGACAUCACUUGCCAAUGUACAUACCUUGUUAUAUGCAGACAUGUAUUUCUUACGUACACUGUACUUCUGUGUGCAAUUGUAAACAAAAAUUGCAAUAUGGAUGUUUCUUUGUAUUAUAAAAUUUUUCCGCUAUUAAUGAAAACAAUUACUGUUUUAAUUGACAUACUCAGGAUAACAGAGGAUGGUGGUGUAUAUUGGUCCAGGAUUCUAUAAUGCUUUACACAGCAAUUUUGAAAUGAGAAUCAAUUUUUUUUUAAUGAUAGAGUUGAUUCCACUACUCAUUUUAUCUUUUCAAACAGCUGCUAAAACAUAACACACAGCUGAAUACUCUCUGGAGAUACAGUUGACAGAAGUGUUAUGUAAACUGGGCAUAUGCAGCAUACUGCUUCGAAAUGACUUUUUAUAUAAGUAUCUGAUUUCUGCAUUUUUAAAAAUUCAUUUAAUUAUUCAGUUCACUCCUUUUAAGUUGGUUGAAAUUUUAUUCAUGCUUUAGUGGAAAUUAUACUUGUUGGAUUUUUUUUGCAGCUUAUUUUUAUUUUUUCAUAUAUCUAACAAAUAAUUUACAAUUUUUUUUUUGCUGACAUGGAAAAGAAAAUGUACUUAUUUUUUAAUUUAUCAAAAAUGGACAAACUUUUUCAGCAUAUUGUAACUGACAAUGGAUAACCACUAAAAACAAUGAUUUGCUCAACUGGUAGUUAGGGCUACUAUUUUGUUUUUCUUAAUGUUUAAACAGCAGUGAAGUUGAAACAGCACAAUGUCCCAUUCCAAAUUUUGUUUUUAAGCAGCUGUAAAUAAUUGGCAUUUUAAAGAAAGAAAGCAAAAGCAUUUAAUGUAUUAACAGGCUUACUGCUAUGCAGGAAAUGGAAGGGGGCAUUAAAAAAUGUUUAAGCUUGUGACAUAUUUAUUGCUUCUGUUUUCCAACUACAUCAAGCUAAUGAAAUGUACAUGGCUAUCAUUUUCCUGGCUUCACUUUGAAGGAAAAUUUUUUGAAGGUUGGAAAGGCUUCUGUAUUUGGGUAUUCCUUUUUCUUUUCUUUUCUUUUUAAGAGUAUAAGGUUUACACAAUCAUUCUCAUAAUGUGACGCAAGCCAGCAAGGCCAAAAAUGCUAGAGAAAAUAAUGGGAUCUCUUCCUUGUAAACUUGUACAGUAUGUGGUGACUUUUUUCAAAAUACAGCUUUUUGUACAUGAUUUAGAGACAAAUUUUGUACAUGAAACCCCAGAAUAUAAAUAAUUCUAAACAAAACAAAUAGGUAGAACUAUACGUAAUUGCUUUUAAAUCAUUUAAAUACAUUUGUUUUCAGACUGUGCAAAGGUUGGAAGUGGGUUUGCAUUUCUAAAAUGGUGACUUUUAUUCUGCAAGAGUUCUUAGUAACUUCUUGAGUGUGGUAGACUUUGGAUCAUGUAAAUUUUUUGCUUGUAAUGUUAUCCUGUGGUAGGGUUUUGGCAGAAUACAUACUGCCCUAUUUUUAUUUUGAGUCUAAGUUAAAUGUUUUCUGAAAAGAGAUAUGUGCACUGAACUCUCCAUUGAAAAUCAAGAUGUGGUAAACAAAAAGAUCAAGACAAGUGAGAUCUAAUGCUACUGUCAGUUUAAUGUCCACUGUGUUUUAUACAGUAUCUUUUUUGUUCACUUUGGAAAUUUUUACUAAAACAUUGCAAAAAAAAAAAUAAAGUAUUGUGCAAAGAUAUGUAAGUUUUUUUGAAACUUGAAAUGCAUUAAUAAAUAGACUUGAUGAAAUCAA